GGCAGAUUAACCGAGGAGGACCGGUCUUAUCUCCUUCCUGAGUGCUGCCAUUCACAAGACAUCUGUGGCAUACUGUAGCCCAAGCCCCCUGUGCUGCCCUGUUUACCCCAGACAUCUUUCUGGGGUCCACUUGAGGUCAGCAGCGUGAAGAUGAACAGAACCCUCUUAGCAUGACGACCCUGGACCAUGUCAUUGCCACCCACCAGUCAGAGUGGGUCUCCUUCAGUGAAGAGCCAUUGUUCCCCACCCCUUUAGAGGGGGGCACUGAAGAGCACUUCCCAGGAUUGUCAUCUUCCUCAGACCGGUCUGAGAGCUCCUCUGGGGAGAAUCAUGCAGUGGACGAAGGCUCGCAGGACCUUUCACACUCUGAGCAGGAUGACUCCUCUGAAAAGAUGGGCCUCAUCUCUGAAGCAGCCUCCCCUCCGGGGAGCCCUGUGCAGCCCACACCUGACCUGGCCUCAGCCAUCAGCAACUGGGUCCAGUUUGAAGAUGACACACCCUGGAGCAACACCUCACCACCGCACAAGGAAACAGCACCCACGGCCCUCACCUUGACCAUGCCCUGCUGGACAUGCCCUUCCUUGGACUCUUUGAGAAGAUGCCCUUUGACGUCGGAGAGCAGUUGGACCACCCAUUCUGAGGACACCAGCAGCCCUAGUGUUGCUCCAUCAUACACAGACCUGCAGCUCAUCAACGCUGAGGAACGGGCAAGCCGCAGGGCUUCUGGGACCGACUCCACUGACAAGAGCACUGAGUGGCAGACAGGCAGGCAGACUGCGGGGAGUCCUGUUGAAGCAUGCACGGAGCACACCUCUACCCGCACCCACCACCAGGACCCCUCACCACCACCGCCACCUCCUUCAAACGGGAGGAUCCAGAGCCCGCGCCAGGGUUCCCAGGGGCACUCUGCUCGCUGUGACAAUUCCUCCUCCCUCCAGGAAGAUGAAGAAGUAGAAAUGGAGACCAUCAGUUGGUGGGCAGGCAGUCCAGCCAUGAAUGGGCAUCCUGCCGUCCCACCGGUGACCACUGCUCGUUUCCCUAGCUGGGUCACCUUUGAAGACAAUGAAGUCGGCUGCCCUUCGCCAACAGUCCCCUCUCCAAAGAAGCCAAAUGCUCCAUCUGCUGCAACUGCCGGCCCAGACGUACCUUUCAACUCAACUGGGUCAUUUAAGAGAGACCGUCCCAAGAGCACACUGAUGAACUUAUCCAAAGUUCAGAAGCUGGACAUUUCCUCCUUAAACCGUCCACCUUCUGUCAUGGAGGCCCCACCCUGGAGGGCCACCAAUCCUUUCCUGAAUGAGACGCUCCAGGACAUACAGCCCUCCCCCAUCAACCCGUUCAGUGCUUUCUUCGAAGAGCAGGAACGGCGCUCCCAAAACAGUUCCAUUUCCAGUACCGCGGGCAAAAGCCAAAGAGAUUCUCUGAUUGUCAUCUACCAGGAUGCCAUCAGCUUUGAUGAUUCAGGCAAAAGCCAGUCCCACCCCGACGCUAUUGAAAAGCUCAAGCAACUCCAAAUUGAUGAUCCCGAUCCCGUUGGCAGUGCAGCCCUGCCCGAUGACGACCCCACAGCCUCGGUUGAACCCGAUGCACCCUCACCCACCUCAGCGCUAUCUCAGCCCAGGGAUGGAUGGCCAAUGAUGCUGAGAAUCCCCGAGAAGAAAAACAUCAUGUCCUCUAGGCACUGGGGACCAAUCUACAUCAAACUGACUGACAGUGGUUACUUGCAGCUGUAUUACGAGCAAGGCCUAGAAAAACCAUUCCGGGAAUUCAAGCUGGAGAUCUGCCACGAGGUGUCGGAACCCCGGCUCCAAAACUAUGAUGAGAAUGGGAGGAUCCACAGCUUGAGGAUAGACCGGGUCACUUACAAGGAGAAGAAGAAAUACCAGCCCAAACCUGCUGUGGCACAUGCAGCCGAAAGGGAACAGGUGAUUAAACUGGGCACCACCAACUACGACGACUUCCUGAGCUUCAUCCACGCGGUUCAGGACCGCCUCAUGGAUUUACCAGUACAGUCGAUGGACUUGAGCACAGUUGGCUUAAACUACCUCGAAGAGGAGAUUACAGUGGACAUCCGAGAUGAGUUCUCCGGCACAGUAAGCAAAGGAGACAACCAGAUCCUACAGCACCACGUCUUGACACGGAUCCACAUACUGAGUUUCCUCUCUGGGCUCGCCGAGUGCCGCUUGGGCCUCAACGACAUCCUCAUCAAAGGGAACGAAAUCGUCUCCCGGCAGGACAUCAUGCCCACCACCACCACCAAGUGGAUCAAGCUCCACCAGUGCCGUUUCCACGGGUGCGUGGAUGAGGACGUGUUUAACAGUUCCCGGGUCAUUCUGUUCAACCCUCUGGAUGCCUGCCGGUUCGAGCUAAUGAGGUUCAGGACCGUGUUUGCCGAGAAGACCUUGCCCUUCACCCUCAGGACAGCAGCGAGCAUUAACGCGGAAGUGGAGGUGCAGAGCUGGCUGAGGAUGUCUCCCGGCUUCUCUUCUAACCGUGACCCUCUCACUCAGGUUCCCUGUGAGAACGUAAUGGUCCGCUACCCAGUGCCCAGUGAGUGGGUGAAAAACUUCCGCAGGGAAAGUGUUCUAGGGGAAAAGUCUUUGAAAGCCAAAGUGAACCGGGGGGCAAGUUUUGGCUCCGCUGGCGCCUCUGGCUCGGAGCCGGUCAUGAGAGUAACUCUGGGAACAGCCAAGUACGAGCACGCCUUCAACUCCAUCGUGUGGAGGAUAAACCGGCUGCCAGACAAGAACUCAGCUUCUGGCCACCCACACUGUUUCUUUUGCCACCUUGAACUUGGCUCUGACCGGGAAGUGCCUUCCAGAUUUGCCAAUCAUGUAAACGUCGAGUUCAGCAUGCCCACGACGUCUGCCUCCAAAGCAGCUGUGAGAUCCAUCUCUGUGGAAGACAAGCCCGAUGUCAGGAAGUGGGUCAAUUAUUCCGCACACUACAGCUACAAGGUGGAAAUUGAACAAAAAAAGAGUUUGAAGCCAGACUUUGAGGGAGAGGACUUGGAAAACCCAAAGGAAUGUGGGGUACAGUGACAGUGACCCACCUCAAGGAACUGAGGACCGCUGACUCGCAACCGGGUGUCUUCCCCGAAUAACUCAAGUUUAAGUCGACACCUGCUGCGGCUGCUCCAUGUUGGGGGCUGCCUACCUCCGUUUCCUGUGUGCACCUACCUGUGGGUCACAGGAAAUCCUGAGGGGGGCUGCCUUCAGUAGGCCCCUUGACACUGAGCAUGCCUGAAGUAUGUGGCACACCUGGCUAUUGAGCCUCCUUGUCUCUUUUCUGCUUGUAUCAUGGCACUGGUAUGUGGUUUGUGGUGACCAUUAGAAACCCAGAAAGACCCGCCAGCAUCAGUGUUGCACAAUUUGCCCCAGUACUCACAUGUCACUUGUAAAAUUCUGGAGAAAAUAGCCCUGAAAGUUUAUUAAGAAUCCAUCUCUAUUGCUCCCUCUGUACAAGAUUCCAAGAAGUUCCAAAGCCAUUUCUUUGGGCCUGCUUUUCUAGAUAUCUCCAUGUUUUUAAACAUUGGCGUUCUGCAACAGAGGUUUCCCAAAUGUUUCCCUUCUGGUUCUGGAUUGCUCAAGAUCAAAACACUCUUUCAACUUCUUCUCCAUUUGCUGUCCUAAAUCAUGGUGCAUGAUGGGAAAGGCUCCAUCUGAUAUUUUCAAAUUUAGGUUUGGAGCUUAAUUCUACAAAUGGACUAAGUUGGCUUCACA